GUUGGUAAUCAACACUUCCCCGUGGUCAGGGGUUACAUUUCAGUAUUUCACCCGUACAACGAGACUGCUAGUCAACUAGUGACUAGUGAGUGACUCAGUGCUGCUGAAAAGCUCCAAAACCAUAGGAAUCCUGUGAAAAAAAAAGAAGGUUCAACAAUGGAGUCCAGUAACAGCAGCAGCUCCUCACAGAUCACCAUCCUCCACAACGCGAUGAUCAUAACCAUGGAUUCCGAGCUCCGAGUUUUCGAAAAUGGCGCCAUCGUUAUCGAAGCCGAUAAAAUCACCGCCAUCGGAAAAUCGGACGACAUCCUCAAAAACCACAAUCCAUCCUCCGUCUCUCUCCACAAUCUUCAAGGCAAAUUUAUCCUCCCUGGUUUUGUGAAUACACAUGUUCAUACUUCACAGCAACUGGGAAGGGGGAUUGCGGAUGAUGUUGAUUUGAUCACUUGGUUGCACCAUCGAAUUUGGCCUUAUGAGUCUCAUAUGACUGAGGAAGAUUCCUUCAUUUCUACUUUGCUUUGUGGAAUUGAGCUCAUUCACUCCGGGGUGACUUGUUUUGCGGAAGCAGGGGGCCAGCACGUAUCUGAAAUGGCUAGGGCAGUAGACUUACUUGGCUUACGUGCAUGUUUAACAAAAUCUAUUAUGGAUGCUGGUGAGGGUCUUCCAGCUUCAUGGAGCACUCAGAACACUGAUCAAUGUAUUCAGUCUCAGAAAGAACUUCAUGAGAAGCACAAUGAUACUGCUGACGGUCGGAUUAGAAUAUGGCUUGGGAUUCGGCAGAUUAUGAACUCGACUGAUCGCUUGCUCUUGGAGACCAGGGACCUGGCUAAGGAAUUGAAAACUGGAAUUCACAUGCAUAUUGCAGAGGUUUCAUAUGAGAAUCAAGUUGUCGUGGACACACGAAAAGUUGAUCAUGGAACAGUGACAUUUUUGGAGAAGAUUAAUUUCCUCCAAAGUAAUCUACUGGCAGCUCACAGUGUUUGGGUUAAUGAUGCUGAGAUUGGUUAUCUCUCAAGGGCUGGGGUAAAAGUCUCUCAUUGUCCAGCUGCAGCAAUGCGGAUGCUCGGAUUUGCACCUGUAAGGAAAAUGAUUAAUGCUGGAGUUUGUGUCUCGCUAGGAACAGAUGGCGCACCUUCAAAUAAUAGGAUGAGCAUUGUUGAUGAAAUGUACCUAGCUUCGCUGAUAAAUAAAGGACAUGAAGUUUAUGUGACUGGGACAACUGAUCCUACAGCUCUCUCUGCUGAACUGGUUCUGAGAAUGGCGACCAUUGAUGGUGCUAAGACCGUGCUAUGGGACAAUGAAAUAGGGUCACUUGAAGUUGGAAAGAAGGCUGACAUUGUCAUUAUCAAUCCUUGUUCUUGGACCAUGGCUCCAGUUCAUGACUGCAUAUCUAGCCUUGUGUACAGCAUGCGAACGGAAAAUAUAGUGUCUGUCAUCUGCAACGGAAAGUGGAUCAUGAAAGACAAGAAGAUUGUAAAUGUGGAUGAGGAACAAAUUAUCUUACUAGCAAACAGAGUUUCAAAAGAACUUUUGGAGAGGGCUGGCAUUAGUAUUCCAAAGAGAAUGCAAAUGAUUUGAUCUGAUCUUAUCUUAUCUUAUCUGUUUUGCCGUCUUUGGUUAUUGCCUUAUCUAAUGAUGGUUUACUUUUAGCGUGGGCUUGAUAAGAAGUUUUCAUACUACAUAUCUUUCAAUAUCAAUGACAACUUUAUGAAUCUUUCUUUUCAUUUUCUUUUUAUAUUUUGUUAUAAGACUGAAGAUUUGUGUUGUUUUACUUUUAUUGUCUUCUACUUUCAAUUACUUAUAAGGUCCUCCCUUUACCUUUGAAGGAUUCGAUUCUUGCCCAUUGUAAAGUGGGAUCUCUAAUCUCCCCAAUUGUGUUUUUCUUUUCUUUAUAAUAAAUUUAGUUUAGUCAAGAUUGAGUUUUAUCACGAAAAUGUACUUGAUAUGCUAUUGUGGAGUAUAUGGUAUAUUUGUAAUAAAAAUGAAAUUUUUUGUCAUUUCAA